AUUGGCUACACGUUUGUUUUUUUAGUCAACCCGACUCAGUUUUCUAAAGCAUUUUUUAAACUUUGUGCACCGUGCCUUUAAGUCUAAAACUGUAAACUCUCUUCUCAUAUUUAUCUUUUAAUCUUAAAUCCAAAAUUUAUUGAGUCUACAGCUUAAACAAUGCUGAUUUAAUGAAUAGAUUUAUUUAAUGAAUUUAUUUGACUUGUCAUGGCAAUAUGAUAAGCAAAUAAAGCUUGACUUCAGAGAAUGUACAGGAGUAUAAUUGUGUACAUGUAAAACACUGAGUAAUGCCUUUUUCCACAGAUGACAAUUUGAAAUUGCUUGAAAUUUGUCAGGCUAAUACCACAAAAGAGUGUGUAACAAAAUGCUUGGAUUAUAUUAACUUCACCACAAAUAAUGCAGAACAAAUAAAUGAAGAGGACAUGAAAAGUUACCUGAACAUAACAAUGGAUCUCAUAACUCGUGUGAUGAACGCUUAUCCUCAUCAAAAUUAUCCAGAAAACUUUGGAAAAUCUGUGUUGGAUGUCCAUAAGAAACUGGUGUCCACAGUGGUGAAGAAAAAAACAGAGCAAAAAAUAAUUCCAUUCUCUUUCCAAAAUUUAAAGGGUGAAGUAUUUGUGAGGAAAACACAAAACUUGUACAGCACCAUUGAGCUCACCAAUGUCUCUGUGGUUACUGAUAUUAACACGCUUCCCCAGGAUAAUUAUGGAACAACUGCAGUAGCCUUUAUGAGCUACAGUAAUGUGGAAGACAUCCUGAAACCCAGCUUCUUCAACACAGUUACCAACACAGCGAAAACCACCCUGAUGUCCACUGUGGUGUCAGCAGUACUUCUGGCAGUCAGCAACCAAAAUCUCAUCCAACCAGUCAACUUCAAACUAACUCACAUUGCAACGAAGGAAAGUGAGGCAUUUCUCUCCUGUAUGGACUGGGAGACAAAUUCGUGGGACACGUGUUUCCUCACUAAAACCACAGAUACUUGGAGCAUGUGCUCUUGUAAGCGCCUCAUCCCAUUUGCUCUUAUCAGUCAGAUUGGCCCAUGCCAGGUUAAUUUGACACUAAAGUGUGCAAAGGACUUCCUGAAUCAAAUCCAGAAUAACAUACCCCAAGUCUUACAACAAGAGACCGUGGAAAAAUAUCUGAGAACAAUAACAAAUCUAACAAAUCAUGUUAUGAACCAAUCGAAGCAAAACUCUUAUGGAAAUGUAUUAAUGAUUGUCACUGAGAAACUAGCAUCCGCACUGGAGCACAGACCAUGUACCGACAAUUCUACAAUUAGCAUCUCUCUCCAAACUUUGGAGGUUCAAGUGUUCAUGGUAGGAGCUUGUGUCAACUUUAGCAAAAUCCCUACACUCAUCACAACCAAUGCCACCUUGGAUAUCAAUCUAACUGGGAAUUUAAUGAAAGAACACGCUGCUGUUGCCUUUGUGAGCUACACCAAUAUGGAAGACAUCCUAGAGCCUAGCUUCAACACAUUUACAGACACAGAUAAAACAAUUAUGUCUGUAGUGGUGUCUGCAACGCUUCCCAAAAACCCUAACCCAAAGCUGACAGAACCUGUGAACUUCACUCUGAAGCACAUGAAAGAGUUAGCACCCAACAAUAUACUCACCUGUAUGUACUGGGAUCAAAACACAUGGGAUGGAAAGUACUGUAAUCUAACAGAAACAAACAGCAGUCACUCUGUAUGCUCGUGUGAUCAUCUGGCUACCGUCACUCUCGUCAUGCAGACUGACCCAUGCAUGCGUUUUGUGAUAGGACCAUGUGCAAAGAACUUCCUGUAUCAAAUUACUGCUUACACACCUGAAGAAUUACCACAAGAGAUGGUGAAAAAUUAUUUGAACAUUGUAAUGAAUCUCACGACUCGUAUGACAGACAGUGUUUCUGAUCAAAAUCUCGCAUCCUAUGGAUAUGUUUUAUUGAAUGUAACUGAGAAACUGGUGUCUACACUGGUGAGAAAAAGAAAUCCUCCCAUCAACAUCAGCUUGUCUGUCCAAGAUUUAGUGGUUCAAGUAUUUGUGAUGACUGGAUCGGAUGUUUCAUUGAGUGAAAAUCCUAAACUCGGUACAAAAAACACUUCUAUAAAUUUGGAUCUUGUUGAGAUUUCAGAAAACAGCAAUGGAUCAGCUGCAGUGGCUUUCAUAAGUUAUACCAACAUGACAAACCAACUCUUAAAUCCUACUCUCUUUAACAAAAUAACAAAGACAGUUAAAACCAUGAUGUCCAAUGUGGUGUCUGUUUCACUUCCCAAAACCGCUAACAGAACCCUCACCAAACCAAUCAAUAUCACCUUUAAAUACAUUAAUGAGUUUGACCCUGAAGGCAUUCUCUCUUGUGUGUAUUGGAAUAAAACAAUGUGGCAGGAAGAAGGCUACAGCUUCAUACAGACUAAUACAACUCACACAGUGUGCUCUUAUAGCCACUUGUCUACCUUUGCUCUCAUCAUGCAGACUGACCCAUGCAGGAGUGACCGUGUCAUAAACACGCUGAUUGCAGUGGCUAUAAUAGUGGGACUCGUAUUUCUGAGCUUGUCUAUAGUGACAUUAUCCCUUUAUUCCCGGAACCCAGUGACCAAUGCAGCCCUGAUAAACCUAUGCAUAAACCUUCUGCUGUUUCACUUUCUCAGUCUGAUCAAAACUCUUUUCCUGGCCAACAUUCAAUCUCUGCAACUGCGUGCAGUUCUGGCUGGAUUCCAGUGGUAUUUUUUAAUGUCUGUGUUUGUGUGGAUGUUCCUUGAAGCUAUGCUGCUCUACAACUUUAUGAAGAACCUUUCUAAUAUCACAUCAAUCUCAGAGCAAGUGUUUAGCUGGAAAUGGUUAAUUGUGAUUGGAUAUCUUAUUCCAUUGGGAGUACUGGGCAUAUCUGGUGUUCGCUUUCCUAAGGAUUACAUUGAUGACGAAUGCUGGUUAAAUGAUGACAAUAGUUUUUUCAUUUUUGCUGCUCCUCUUAUUUUAACUGUUUCAUUAAAUCUAGUCCCCUAUGGAAUUAUCAUCAUGAUCUUCACUCUUAAAUGCCUAAAGAAUGACAUUUUGCACCUGAGUUCCUCUGAUGCGAAGAACCUGAUCAUAUGCCUGAUGCUCAGGAGCCUGACUCAGUUUAUCAUUCUUGUUUGCUACUUGAUAUUCCUGUACAUUCCCAGCAAGAACGGAGCUUUAUAUCAUGCCUUCCGGUUCCUCAACUCCCAGCAGGGUACCUUCAUCUUCCUCAUCCACUGUCUCUUCAACCAAGAGGUCAGGCAGAAGUACAGGAAUGUUAUGUGUGUUUUGUGCUUCUCCAACAAUCCAGUAGAAACCUCUAGGAGUGUCAGGGGACAAGCAGAAGAUUUACAGGACAACUAAAAUAGGCUGACUAAUAGUGACUCCAUUUAUUUUUUUAUUUUUGAAGGAUUCUAUGAGAAAUCUUUUUUCAGUAGUUUUUGAUAUUAUUUUUACAUAAUGCUAAUAAAAAAUAUAUAUAAUUUCAAUGUUUAGAAUGAAUGUUGAAAAAUGUACAGUAGAUAAUAGAAAAACAGUAGCAAGUGUAAUAUAUAGUCUAGUAAACAAAUAAAAAAAAUAGAAUCAUUGAGUCACUGUAAUAUAUAAAAGGAUUUUAACUGUGUUUAUGUAUUUUUUAGAGUUGUAACGAUACAAGUCACAAUUCGAUUUAAGGUCUCUUUUUUGCAAGAUGUAUCAUUAGACCUCUAAUUACUUCUCUUGGGUAAUACAAGUAAAGAAAUAUUUUAAGUGUGUAUAUUUUGUCCUUUCUCUAGUAAAAUGUCUAUACCAACCUAAUCAAAAACUGUAAAACUGUUUAUUUUAAGAGUAUGAUUGAUUUAGGAGAACAUAAAAAUGUAACUAUUUGAACUUAUUAAUUUUGUACAACUUAUUUUAAAUUGAUAUGUAAUAAAAAAUAGUGUUGAAUAACCUAAAUCAUGGAUCUGUAAGCU